AUGGCGGGCGUCACCACUGCUCUGACGUCCGCGUGCGGCUUCAACCACGACGGCGACGACAAAGACUCGACUGGUGUAGCUGCUACCAGCGGUUCCGACUUGCGCCGCGAGGCUCAGCAACAGGCAAAACGACGACGGCACUCUUUCUUUAUCCCCCGACGAAAAUCCAUCGUCGGACACAUCAUGGAGGGAGAGGAGAAUCUCCUGCUCAAGGUGGACUUGUUCCUGACCGAACUGGAGCGGCGGCUGGAUUUUGUCGAAAAUUAUGUAGACCUCAGCAAAGACUCGAGCAUUUCCCGCGCAUUCUCUACUCUUCAGACGGUUCGCUCGAGAUGCUCUCAGGCGUCCGAGGAGGUCAUCGGCGCCGGCCGGCGCAGGCUCUACAUCAUGCUUGACACCCUCGAGACCCGGUACCAAGAGACGUUGGCUGCGACCGAGUCUCUGCACGAGAAGGCGGGCCUGGGAAUCGAGUUGCUGGAAGGGAUGAUGGCCGAGUUCGAAACGCGCGCCUACAAGCUGCGCGAGCAGGGCUUUGCCAAUGCCGCUACGGCUGCCGAGGCAUUUAUGGAUGAGGGCCGCAGAGUAGCAAACGAGAGCAUUGAGCGGGCAAAGUCUGUUGUCGACGAAGGAAUCGAGCGCGCUGUGCGGGCUGCGCUGUCCCUCGAAGAGCAUAUCCAGCAGGCUGUUCUGCUGGCGCGGGAUCGUGGACUGCUGCUAUACGACGAGCUGCCAACGCCUUGGCGAAACAACCCACACAUCAAGAGAGGCUACCGUUUCCGCGAGACCAAGAUCGAAUGCGUCCGGUCUGUUUUCAACAUGUCCAACGAAUUCAUCAACAUUUGGUCUCACGCCCUGGGCCUAAUCCUGGUACUGGCCGUUGCCUUUUACUUUUACCCCAGCAGUGCCAAUUUCUAUCUCAGCACCAAGACGGACGUUGUUGUUGCCGCCAUCUUCUUCAUGAUGGCCUGCUUGACUCUGGUAUGCUCCACCAUUUGGCAUACCAUGAGCGCUGUUGCCGAUGUCAACGCCGUCUCCAUGUUUGCUUGCGUAGACUACACCGGCAUCUCGCUGCUCAUUGCCGCCUCCAUCAUGACCACCGAAUACACCGCUUUCUACUGCGACCCGGUCAGCCGAUGGGUGUACAUGGGCCUCACUGCCUUCCUGGGCAUUGGAGGGGUGAUCCUGCCGUGGCACCCCAAGUUCAACGGCACCGACAUGGCUUGGGCCCGCGUCGGAUUCUUUGUCGGCCUCGCCUUGACGGGGUUCAUGCCGAUUCUGCAGCUUUACUUCUCCCACGGACCCGAGUUUGUCUACGACUUUUACUCUCCCAUCAGCAAGUCUCUUUUGGUCUACUUCAGCGGCGCCGUCGUGUAUGCAAGCAAGGUCCCUGAGCGCUGGUUCCCCGGCAUGUUUGACUACAUCGGCGGUAGCCACAACUUGUGGCACGCCGCCGUCUUGGGCGGCAUCAUCUUCCACUACACCGCCAUGCAGCAGUUCUUCUCCAACGCCUUUCACAGAGCCGAGGCCGGCUGCCCUGCUUAUUAG